AUGCAAACCGAUCCUCGUCCCUUCAUCGUAGUCGCCGUUGUCACCGAGUCCGUUGAGCUGACCACAGACACACACAACGUGCCCCCCGUCGCCGUCCAAAGGUUACCUCCUCGUCCUCCUCCUCGUCCUCCUCCUCCUCCUCCUGCUCCGUCUGUUUUGAUGGACACACAAAACGGUGACAAAUGUUUGUUCCAGUCGAUGAUUUGUGUGAAAAUAAAAUCGGCUGACCGCUUUUAA